GACAGUUGUAAGCUGAGAGCUGCCAUGUGGGUUCUGGGGAUUGAACCUGGGUCCUCUGAAAAAGCAGUCAGUACUCUUAACCACUGAGCCAUCUCUCCAGCCCCCAAGAGAGAUUUUCUUACAGUUUCUCCAAGCCUCGCUGUAUAAGAUACACACUGAAUGACAAGUGGAAAGAUUAAUUCUGUGCUUGGCAACAUGAUCUGACUAAGAAACUUCUCUAACAGAGGAAAUUGAAAUGAUGCUCUCUAAAUGAAAUGAGUUUACAAAGUAAUGUGCUUGUUUUAAGCAACCAUUAUGGGUUGUCAACAGUGACUGGAAUGCAAUAGUUUAAAUGUUUGUUAGUUAAGUCAGGGAAUGAAUGGUAUGCUCUGCCAAUUACUGGCAGUAUAUAAAGGUCCCAGGAUAGCAGAGGCAUCUACACUUGAGAAAUACUCUUUUGCAACCCAAGUGAAUUCUCCCCUAUUGACAACAUGUGUUGUAACUACUACGGCAGCUCCUGUGGCUCUGGCUCUGGCUCUGGCUGUGGAUAUGGCUCUGGCUAUGGCUGUGGCUGUGGAUAUGGCUCUGGCUAUGGCUCUGGCUAUGGCUGUGGAUAUGGCUCUGGCUAUGGCUGUGGAUAUGGCUGUGGCUAUGGAAGUGGCUGUGGAUAUGGCUCCUACUACAGGUCCGGCUGUUGUGGCUCUAGACCAUCUUGCUACAGAAGAUGCUAUUCUUGCUGCUAAAACAUCCCUAGGAGAGGACCAGUUGCUUCUGAAAUGACACUUCUGAAGAUCAUGCUUCUUUUAAGACCCAUGGCCAGGAUCUCUAUGUCCAAGAAACUACAAACUUGACAAAAUCUUUGACCUCCACCUGCACAUAUUUAGAAGAAAUCUUUGUGAUGGUGGCAUCUACAGUAUCAUCUCACUGGUUCUCAAAUGUCAGUCUUUGCUCUCUUGCCCUCUGGUUCCGUUGUCUGAAUGUGUUAAUGGCUGUAACAUCUACAGCUGGGAACAUAAUUUAUUUUCAAUAAAAUGAGCAUUGGAUUCUAACAAAUCUUUGUGUACUUGUAUAUUCCUGCCUUGGUUUUUCUUGAAACCUGGCUUAACUCUGCAUUGGCUGAAGUUUAUGGAGCACUUAUCUGAUAUGUGUGGACCUUCUUAUUUUGCAUCAAUAAUGUCUUCUCUACAUGCUUUCCAUGGACAUCUCAGGACUUCAUUCAUCUAAGCACAAGCCAUGGGGUAUUUCUGCACUGAGCUUUGGAAAUGGUACUAUGCCUGAAAUGGGGAAGGAGAGGAUGAGAGGAGGAUGAUACCCACUUAUGAGGUUAUAGCAAAUGUCCCAAGGGGGAACAGAGAUAGCCUGAGACCUGGAUGGAGGAAUGAAAUGAGAGGGAUUGUUUUCAGAGUUAUUGAAGAAUUAAAGUGAGACUUGGAUGUUAAGCAGGAGGAUUAAAACCCCAGAAAGGGAUAAGCUAGAAGAAAAAUAUAUUAUACAUUCUACAUCAGAUAGAAAUGCAAAUAUCUUUGCUGAAUUCAGCCUAGUGAUUUGAUUCUCUUAAACAGCAAGUGUUUUUGAAUAGACCACAUCCUGGAUACAGCAAGACUAUUACAGAGGAAUUCUGUUCUCUCAGUUCAUCUGCAUCACAAUAGAGAAGACAGCAACAGUGAUGAUACAUACUGAUAUAUGACUCCAGUUGAGGGGCUGCAGACAGUGGGAAAGAGUAGGGAUGGAUCAGUCAGGCAGUUCAGGGAGGUAUUUUGAAGUAGUGUUCUUGGAGCUAAUACCAAAAAAAAAAAAAUCACAGUAGCAAAGAAAGACAAGAAAAUUUAGCAACAAGUGCUAAGUAUAUAAAGAAGUUCCUUGCAUUUUAGGACCAGGUGAAGACACCAGAAUCAACUGUUGGACAUGGCUGUGGAAUAUGUGAA